AAUUGCCCCGCCUCCUACUUUUUCGAGAGUAGAAAAAAAAAUCUGUGACUCCCAAGUCAACUUUCAACCUUCCCCUCCUCUCAUCUUCUACUCGACAAGCACCAGAUCCCAAAAUCACCAUGGCGCCAUUCGGAAAGAUCUUUACCAAGGAGCUCAACCCCCGCUCUACCGCGAUCCUCGCGGUUGCGAAGGCCAAUGGGUUGGACCUAGACAUCGUUGAGGCCGACACAGUCAACCCGUCUCCUGAGUUCCUCAAGGCAAACCCCCUUGCCAAGAUCCCUACCUUCGUUGGCAGCGAUGGCUACACCUUGACCGAGUCUAUGGCCAUUGCCAUCUACAUCACCUCUCAGAACGAGAAGACCACCCUCCUUGGCAAGACUAAGCAAGACUACGCUUCCAUUCUGAAGUGGACGUCAUACUUCAACACCGAGGUUCUUCCCAAGCUUGCUGCUUGGUACCGCCCUCUUUUGGGCUUUGAGCCCUACAACAAGAAGGGUGUUGAAGAUGCCGCCAAGAACUCGGAGAAGGUCAUCUCCGUUGUCGAAGAGCACCUUCUUCACAACACCUACCUUGUUGGCGAGCGCAUCACCCUUGCUGAUCUGUUCGCUGCUGGUAUCAUCUCGCGUGGCUUCCAGUACUUCUUCGACAAGAAGUGGCGCUCUGAGCACCCCAACGUCACUCGAUGGUACGAGACUGUCUACAACCAGCCCAUCUACGCCGAUGUCUCCAAGCCUCUUGAGCUUCUUGACGCUCCCAAGUUAACCAACGUCGCUCCCAAGAAGACUGAGCAGGCCAAGCCCAAGGCUCCCAAGGCUGCCCCUAAGCCCGCAGAGGAAGAGGAGCCCGCACCUGCUCCCAAGCCUAAGCACCCUCUUGAGGCGCUUCCGCGAUCAGAGUUCGCUCUUGACGACUUCAAGCGCUUCUACUCGAACAACGACGAGGAUGUUUCCCUGAAGUGGUUCUGGGAGAACGUCCCUUUCACCGACUACUCCAUCUGGAAGGUCAAGUACAAGUACAACGAUGAGUUGACUUUGACUUUCAUGUCCAACAACCUGAUUGGUGGAUUCAACACCCGUCUUGAGGCCUCUCGCAAGUACCUCUUCGGCUGUGCCUCCGUGUACGGCGAGAACAACGACUCGGUCAUCGAGGGUGCCUUUGUCAUCCGAGGUGAUGACUACCUCCCUGUCUUUGACGUCGCUCCCGACUACGAGAGCUACGAGUUCACCAAGCUGGACCCCACCAACCCUGAGGACAAGGCCUUCGUCGAAUCCAUGUGGACAUGGGACAAGCCUGUCGUUCACAACGACAAGGAGUACAAGCACGCCUCUGGCAAGGUCUUCAAAUAAGCUAAUGUCGCAUUGUUAUGAGGAUGGAUGGUUAUGAGCUAACGAGUUUAUGCAAAGGGGGGCCGGCUUAGGGAUAGGGACAAUGAAUACCAGACCCAAAGAGGUUAAACUUAUAAGUAGCAACAGGUUUCUUUGUAGUACCUGAAUUAUGCUAGUCGUCAAACCAUUCUAUGUCUUUCGAAGUGUCGUGCAUGUCCUAAGUUUUGUAAAGAAGCGGGGAAAUUGAACGCUUAUUUUUAGUAACUGGACAAAGGAAUUCAGCUAGCUAGCUAACAUAUUCGCAAGAAAGAGAUGCACAUUCA